GAGUCCAACUGGAUUUGCAUCCAGAAUACGGCUGCCGGCAAGACCCUGGAGCUGGGGCAGAUCAAACUGGCAAUUCUGAACCUUUUCCAGAUGGUGGCCAAGCACAGGAAGCUACGCAUGAAUGUGCCCCAAGAGGACACCGAAGCCCAGCUAGAUGAGGUGCAGCUUUGUGUUGAAGAUUUAACAGCCAUACUCGCCGAUUUCCGCAAAGCAGAGCCGCCGCAACCUUCACAGCCAGAAAAGAGGGUGUCAUCUCAGGCCAGUACAUCAGCUAGCCGGUCACAACUACUAUCUAGGGUGUGUAUUGCCACAACUACAUCCUCUGUAACUUGCACUACAAAUCCCCUGAUUUUGGGGAAAGUUAAACUACGUCUGGACGCCAGCCUUGCUCCGCGAAGUCAAAAGCCACAUCAGCUGGGAUAA